GAAUUUGGUGUUUGAUCUUGUUUUCAAACUCAAAUUGAAGGAUUAGUUCUAAAACACAUUAAUCUUAUAAGAGAUGACCUCAUUUUGCAGCUUGUCUCAUUUGCAAAGAUACAAGAGCCACCAUUGUUUGUUCCUUCACACCUAUAUGAAGAAAUUGAGGAGAAAGACGUAAAAGGCCUUGAGCAUCAUUAUAUGUCCCCACCAGAAAGAGUCCAACAAGCUGUGUUUUGCCUUCAAUCACAAGAAAAUGUACCUAAAACUCCACAACUUUCGAGUUUUCAUUACCAGACAAUUAUGGACUAUGCCAGGGCUUAUUCUUCACAUGAAACUACUCCUACAAUGGUGGCACAACGGCUUAUCGCUCGUGUUCAUGAGUCGUCAAGUCAGAAGCUCCCAAUGUCAUUUUUCAUUAACUUCUCUGAAGAAGAUAUUUUGAAGCAAGCAAAUGAGUCCAGUCUUCGUUAUCAAAGAGGAGGCACAAAAUGGAUGCACAAAGUAAGAGAAUGUAGAAAGGAUGCAUUUUGUGUUAGCCGUUUGAGGUCAUGUGGUGCAAUAAUAAUUGGCAAAACAAACAUGCAUGAACUCGGGGCAGGAAUUAGCGGGAUAAAUCCUCAUUAUGGGGCGGUUAGAAAUCCAUAUGAUAAGAGGAAGAUUACGGGAGGAUCUUCGAGUGGCUCUGCAGCUGUGGUGGCUGCUGGAUUGUGUCCCAUUGCACUUGGUGUUGAUGGAGGAGGAUCUGUAAGGCUUCCAGCAGCACUCUGUGGAGUGGUCGGCUUUAAACCGACCUUUGAACGUGUGCCACAUGAAGGAGUACUUCCUGUAAACUAUACAAUUGGCAUGGUUGGAAUUCUUGCGGCAACUGUUGAGGAUGCACUCAUUACUUAUGCAGCUAUUGCUGGGGACCUUUCAUCGGAUAAUCCUAGCCACAAACUGCCAAAAGUUGGUAUGUCGUCGUUGAAAUUCACAAACUACGCGUCUUCUAGCAUCAAAAUGGCGAAAUACGAUAAGUGGUUUGAUGACUGCACUAAUGACAUCAGAGUUUGUUGUUCUAACGUUGUUUCCAAGUUAUCAGACGAAUAUGGAUGGACGACUGUAAAGGUGACCAUACCGGAAAUAGAGGUCAUGCGCUUGUCGCAUUAUGUUACAAUCGGAUCAGAAUGUAGUAAUUCAAUCGGAACCCACUUAAUGAAAUUGGAUAAGGCUGAGGUGGGAUCUGACGUCCGAGUAGGCCUUUCGAUAUAUGGUUCUUUUCACAGCAACGAGUAUUUGAAUGCACAAAAAAUGAGAUACCGCCAACUAAAAUUUCACCAGAAGAUAUUUUCUAUGGCAGAUGUCAUUGUAACUCCAACUGUUGGUGUCACUGCAUACACAAUAGAGGACGACGCACUAAAAACAGGCGAACUGGACUACAUAAAUGGAGCUGCUUUAGUACGGUACCAAAUCUCUGGGAAUUUCCUGGGAUUGCCUGCAAUCACUAUUCCCGUUGGUUAUGAUAGAUCUGGCAUGCCUAUCGGCCUCCAAUUUAUCGGGAAGCCAUGGUCUGAAUCUCUCUUGAUUUACAUUGCGUCUGCUGUACAAGCAAUAUGCAAAUCAGAGUACAGGAAGCCCGAGGUCUUUUACGACAUUCUUGCUAAGGAGCAGAAUUAAAUAUAUAUGUGCCCUUUUAUAUGUUUUAAACCCAAAAUACUUCAUGAGUUAAAAACGAAGGUACAUUUUUUAAUAUGCAUGUGUACUUUGUAAGUUACAUUAUGAACAUAAUUAGAA